CAAUGGGAUUUUUCACGUAAGUCUUGUUUCGACCAAUCAAAUCAGUUCAUCAAUUUAGCCUGCUAUUUUCAUAUUUUGAAAGGCACGUCGCUAUUCAAGUAUGUGUAGAAGACCUCCUCUGAAAAACACCACUACUUUGGAAAGACCUAACUUCCACUCAAAUUAAAGACAAACAAAAACAUCUUCCACUCAGUAUGCCGGUAUGGAGUAAAAGAAAAGUAGAUGGGAAGCGACAGCAACAAAGGGAUCAUUCUUAGCCGGUGGACAAUCUAGCAGAAAGGUUACUGAUGAAAAUUUGACAAAGAUCCAUGGCUUAUUUUGAUUUGGAAAAUGAAGUGAACAGUGCCUUGAGAAUGGAUUUACCAUUAACGCGGGGCCCUCUGAUGAGGUGGCAGAGACGUGAGCAGUCACAAGUUUCCAAUUCAUUUCUUAACAGCUCUUCCAGCAACAGCUCAUCUGUGAAAACACCAAACAAAAGUCUAAACAGGUCCCAAUCCAGUGGAACUCUAUCCAAGACACCAAAAAAUAAAACUCCAGGCUCUGGAGGACGAAGGAAAACUCCUAGUAAUCUUGCUAAAACUCCAUCUGCCGGAGACAGAUUUAUUCCUAACAGAAGCACUACUGAGUUUGAUGCUGCUCAUUACAAGCUCUGUACUCAAAAUACAAUCAGCUCAGAAGACUGGUCUAUGUUGAGUCCUUCACAACAAGAAUACAAAAAACUUAUGAAUGAGAAUUUAAAUGGUGAUGCACUUGAUAAGAAGAUCAUUUCUUGCAAUAUGAAACCUCCACAAGCCCCUGAAGGCUAUCAGAACAAUCUUCGAGUUCUGUACAGUACGGGUAAGGCAGGAGUCAGUGCCAAAAAGACAACUAGACAUAUACCACAACAACCAGACAGAAUCUUAGAUGCUCCAGAAAUUCUGGAUGACUACUACUUACGACUGAUUGAUUGGUCAGCUCAAAAUAUACUAGCUGUUGCCUUGGGCAACAGUGUGUAUCUCUGGAAUGCAUCUCAUGGUGAUAUAACGCUAUUGUUGCAACUAGAAAAUGCUGGAGAUGAAUAUGUCAGUUGCGUCAACUGGACAGAAGAUGGAAGCCAUUUAGCUGUUGGAUUGUCCUCAGGGAUAGUAGAGCUCUGGGAUCCAGCUCAACAAAAAAGACUUCGUUCCAUGAGUGGACAUCCAGCUAGAGUGGGCGCUCUGUCAUGGAAUUCAUACAUUCUAAGCAGUGGUUGUCGCACUGGUGGUAUACAUCAUCACGAUGUGAGGGUUGCACAGCAUCAUGUGGGAACCCUUCUAGGACACACUCAAGAGGUCUGUGGUCUGGAGUGGUCACCCAAUGGUAAAUACUUAGCCAGUGGAGGAAAUGAUAAUUUGAUCAACAUUUGGCAGGCUGGAUCAGGAUCUCUUUUAACUGCAGGGGAAACUUUGCAUACUUUUAACCAACACCAAGCAGCUGUUAAGGCUUUAGCUUGGUGUCCAUGGCAGAAUAAUGUUCUUGCAAGUGGUGGAGGUACAGCUGAUAGACACAUCCGUUUCUGGAACUGCAAUAAUGGUGUUAGUCUUGGUGCUGUUGACACCAAUUCUCAGGUGUGUGCAUUACUGUGGUCUCCAGAGUAUAAAGAAAUAAUCUCAGGGCAUGGAUACACUCAGAACCAGCUCACAAUUUGGAAAUAUCCAACAAUGACUAAAGUGUCAGAACUUACAGGUCACACUGCUAGGGUGCUUCACAUGUGUUUGUCUCCGGAUGGGACCACAGUGGUGUCUGCAGGGGCUGAUGAAACCUUGAGGUUGUGGAAAUGUUUUGACAUUGAUGAGACUGCUAAAAAGACAAAAUCCAAAGCCAUGAAGUCUGAGACGUCUUCCAGUUUAAUGGUACAUUUGAGGUAGUAAUAAAGGUAUGGGGGGAUUUACUUGGCAAAGUUGGUUUCAUAAGAGAAAAAAAAUUAUGUUCAAUUACCAUUAUGAAUUAUAAAAACACAAAUUAAGUCAAAAUUAAGUUUUUAAUAGUUAUUUAGUCAUUUCUCUUGUAAUUGGUUCAGCAUUAUGGAAAACAAGAAAUAAUGUUGUCAAAAGUCUAGAUUAAUUCAAUCUUAAUUUCUGUUCAUGUCUAAUUCUGUGUGAUUUUGUUUUCUGUAUCAGUUAUACAGAAAUGUCAAUGCUUAAAAUGACAAAUUUUUUUCUUUUUGAAAAAUGGCAACUAUUCAGUGUCUUGAGCCUGUAUUAUGUUUUUAACAGCGCUACAUAAAUUAUUUUAUUUAAUAUUCAGUCAAUAAUUUCUUUUUGUAAAGUUCUUUUGUUCUGUAUUUAUAUGGAUAUUUAAAGUAGAUAUGAAUCUGUAGGGUAUAUAGAAGAUCUACAUCUUUAGUGGACAACAUUAAAAUCUAGGCCUUUAAUUUGAGCUUAUGAUUUUUGAUUUUUUUUUUUGUGAAUGAUGAAGUUAAACUUGAAAAUACGAAUUUUAAAUGCAUUUUAAAUUAUUUGGAAGAAAUACUACAUAUUGAGAUCUAUUUAUCUAAUACAAGUUAAUAUAUAGAAGUGUAGUUAUGUUUAAGUUUUAUAGUUAGUUUCUUAAAGCUUUGUAAAUGAAAUUUAUUUGUGAAAAAAAUUGCUGGUAAUGGUAAUAGCUCUUUAAGAUAUUGUUUCAUCUGGAAUUAAUUGUUUUAAAGGAUGUUUGAUAUGAUAUACAUAUAUAUUUUAUAUCUGUGGUAGUUUUUAAUUGUAUUUUAUAUAGUGUAUUUUAUUAUUUUUGUUUUUUUACAGUAUUUUUUUUUAAUAUAUCAUGUUCUAUCUAUAUGUGAUUUGAUAAAUUAUAUGUUGUAUUAUUGAACUGGUAAACAAAUUUGAUUAAAAAGCUUCAAAGAUU